UGACAAAACCCUCCGUCUUGCCAGGGUUCUGGUGGAUUCUGGAAUGAAUGAGCCGUGGGGCAGCUCUCUGCCGCAGAUCUGCUUUUCCUGGCUCAUCACGGGGUAAAGAAACCGCCGGGGACCAACGGGCCGCCACCGCUGCACUGAAACAAAGCGUGUGCCCAAGUCGAGGUCGGGGUGGCAGGCGGCGAGCUCGCCUGACUUACGGAAGGACAUCUACCAGGGCGGCGAGGGCUGGCCCGGGCCUCCCCGCUCGCAGGGGGCGUGGCCGGGACUCGCGCGAUGAGUGCUGGGACUUGUAGUCUCUGUGGGCAAGAUGGCCGCCGGUGAGAGUCGCACACCGCCGUCGCUGGCUGGGACUUACCAAAGUAAGGAUUCCCGUAAUGACUACAGGUCACCCUGGAGGAAGGCACACCAAAGAUAAGAAGCCGCUCCAAUAAGAAUCUCCUGUUCCGCGUGGCUAGCCCAGAGCCCCACCUCACGGCAGAGGCUUACUUCUCAGCUGAUGGCGAGGCCCUGCGGGAGCCAGUUAGAAAAAUGUGCCCCUUGUCACUCAUGCCGCCCGACCGUAGCCAGUCAGGUAAUUUACCAGCAGGGAGGAUGAGAACCAGGCUGCUGGCUCUCCCUGUCCCGCUUACUAGACACCACUCCAUCAGCCCGAGUAAUGGGAGCCCUAAUCUUUCAUCACCCGCUCCCUAAGCUGUGCGCUGGCCGGAAUGUUCCAGAAAAGAUGGAAAGCAAAAAAGGUCCAAGCAGGACAGUGCACCGGGGUCCUGUGAGGACGGCCCGAGUGGCCAGAUUUCCUGCUCCCCCUCCCCCCGCCCCCGUCUCCAGGAUUCCAAAAGCAGGUCCCCGCAGACGGAAAUCCCUCCAGAGUCCUCACGGCCUGUUGGACAAGCUGGUCUGUACACUGCGCAUCUAUCCUUCUCGCUCCCUGCUGCCCCCAACUCGCACCCUGGGAGGGCUAUGUGCAGAUGCGAAUGGUGACGUUUAUGAGCUGCCCGAAGCUGUGUGCCCCGAACUGCACUGGAUCCCAGAAGGCGGGUGCCAUUACGUCCAUUUUUCAGAUGGUGAAAUGGAGGCAUGGAAGUUAAAGCCUCUACCACCUGCUGCCCUCAAAGCUGAAACCCAGCAGGUGGUUCUGCCGGAGGUAAGCACGGAGCCAAGCAGACAGUCAGCACAGGAACCGCACCAUCCCCCACCUCGGGAGGGCCUCAUGCUGCUGCCGCCAGCACUGGCACUCCCCGUUUCGGACAUCCUGCCUCGCAUCUCUUGACUGUCGCAGCUCAGUUUGAAUGCAGAGUCUCCGCGGCCCGCUGAGGCCACAAACCUAUCUCUCAAAUCUGUGCCCCGGUCUGUCUGCUUUAGGGCCGGAUGACAGCCCCUUUCUGGAGUUGCCAUUGUGGCUCAGCGGAUUAAGAACUAGACUGGUACCCAUGAGGCUGCAGGGUGACGUGCAGCCAUGUCAUGAGAAGGACACCCACGCGCACUGGGACACAGAGAAGAACGGACCGUCUGGCAAUGACGAGCACGAACUUGGCUGCCCUGAGAGUCAGCCACCUUGGCCUCCACUGUAGCUUCAGCCAGCACCUUCACGGCAACCUCAUGGGAGACCCUAGGCCAGAACCUUCAGCUGAUCAGUUCCAGAAAUCCUGCCCCAAAGAAAAAUGGGCCCUUCUCAGCCUGUUUGGAAGGGAUUUCUAAUACAGUAAAGAUAAUUAA